AUGCAAACGAGCAACGGGGUGGACUCAGCUGCCCCUCGCCCAGAUGGCGACCUUGGUCACCAACAAAUCCUCACUGGAAAGCAAGAACACUACCUUAAGCGCGAACUCAUCGCCCAGCAGGUUCAGCACGAAAUCUCCGAACUAAACUCUCCAACCGCCCUUCGUCGUUUCGGUGCACCCUUCAGAUCGGAAUUCGGAGAAGUCGCGCCCAUAGAUUCCGAACUUCCUAUACUCCGAUUUAUCUUCGUCCACCAUGUUCGGGAUUUCCCCUUUCUAGACCAGGCGCGGGAGAAGGAAUUUUGGCAGGACAAGUUGCAGGUGUUCCUUGAAUCCUUUGCGAACAAAAAUGUAUCGUCAUCGGAAGACCGUCUGGAAGAGACAAAGCGGAGAAAGUUGGCCCGGAAAUGCGAGAAACUCGUGGAGCUUAUGAUGGUAUCUGGAAUACCUACUGCAUCUGGAUAUGAAGAGCGUAUCCAAUUUUCCGAGAUGGAGGUCGUCGAUCGUGGAGCCAAUGAGAAGGGGCUACUCGUAAAUAUGCCCGAGGGAAACGCGAUCAAUGGGUGGGAUAUCAACGUCGCUGCUGUGAGAGUCACAUCCGUACGACGCACAGUCCGACACCAUCAACAUGCGGAAUUUAUCAUUCGUGUGAAGCGGGGCGGAAAGCCAGAUAUUUUCGUCGCUCGGCGGUUUGGUGACUUUGCUAAGCUUCAGAAGAGGCUGCAUACCGAAGUUCCUGGCAAGGCGCUACCGCCUCUCCCGCGAAAGAACAAGUCAUCAACAACUUCAAGCUUUUGGUGGGGUGGCGCGGCUGCGGAAGAUGAUGAGUCUUCUGUUUCCUCUGUCUCAACCCAGGAUACAGGCCUCGUAGAAGAGGCACGGUCCUCCCGAACCCUAGCUCCAUCAGACAUUGUUCAACGCGGCCGAUCAAGGUCACGGAGUUCUGUGAGAAAGUCACCCAGAUCUUCUGCAGAGCGUCCCACGGAGACGGUGCUGUUCCGGGAGGAGCAAAGAAUUUCACUCCGCGCGUACCUCCGUACAGUCUUGCAAAAUAAACGGUUAGCCGAGUCAAAGGCAUUGGAAGAGUUCUUGACGGCAGAUCCAUUUGUCCCUGGUCAAGAGGAGACGCUUGACAUGGGAAAACGAAAAGAAGUAGAUGCUAUUAGAAUAGAAGAGCAAAAGCGCUUCUACGAGAUUGCACGGCAACGUGCCGCAGAGCUGGACGUCUAUAUGGAGAAGUUCCGGCGAGAUAUCGUUGAGAGCAAUGGGUUGACCAAGCUGUUUGCCGAGAUCAAAGAGAAGCCAACUGUCGAAGAUCUAAGUCCCCAGUAUCAGAAGUUUGCCGAAUGGCUACGUAUUGAGGUCGCCGCUACUUUGUACCACCUUUUCCUGGCCGAAGACAAUUCAGCAGAGCUUUUCGCGCAGGCGAAACGGAUUCAUUCCUUGGUGCCGUAUACUUUGUUGAAGAAUGUGAUUCGAAUUGCCAACCCCGCUGCUGUAAUGACAGGGGUUUUGGAUCUCUUCCUCGCUCAGCCUUUCGGUUCUCGAUCUCUUUUGCAGCGGAUAUUCUCCAUGACCUUGAACGAUGGCAUCAAGGGAUUCCAACGUUCGAUUGAUGCUAUGGCUGCUAAAGUUGAUGACCCUGUCGUGGCCCAGAGGCUGAAAGCAUUUACUGAGGCCGACGAAGAUGUCAAGAACGAGAUUCGCCUCGAAGCUACUGAAGACGAUGUAGACGUUGCUGUCGCUAUUCUUCGAUCAGAAUUGAUUCCACUCGAACUCACGACGGACCAGGUUGGCAAAGUCUUCAAUUCAUAUGUUGCCUGGAAUCACGCCGUGGAAAAUGUGGACGAGGAAAUGCGGGAGGGCGCAGACUGGUUCGCCAAUGUGAAGCAAUUACUCAAACUCUACACAAGGCAGGCAGACAAGGCCAAGAUGCUGAACAUCAUAGAAGAGCCAGUGACGCUGCAGCUUUUCCGCGACCUUUUCACCAUCUUCUACGAGCCACUAGUUCGUGUUUAUAAAUCGGCGAACGUCUACAACAGCAUUACGGAUUUCGCCAAGUUUGCUGACGACGCUAUUGCUGUGAUUGAGAAGUGUCAAAGACAGGAUAUCUCUGCCGAUCCCAACCAAACGGUUCAGGCAUUUAUUGAUCUCUGUGAACGACACCAAGCCAGUCUUUACAAAUUCAUCCACGAAGUGCAUCUUCACGACAACGGGCUUUUUGGAUCAUUGAUGGCCUGGAUUGAAAACAUCCUUGACUUCCUUCGCAACGGCCCAGGUGGUGGCAAGCUCGAUAUGAACGCUUUGUUUAGCGGAGGCAAGGACGUUGGCCUGAUCAACCCGAAUCUUGCUCGCGAAGAAAUAGAUAAGCUGAUCAAGUGGCACGAGGACCGGAAGCAAUGGCACCUCAACAAGACUCGGCAGAAGAUGGCCGCCGAAGGAACAGCGUCUUCCCCCUUCCAAACCAAGUUCAAGGGAAGCGACUUUGGAUUGGACGAGGGCGACCUCGAAGCACUCGCUAUCUCCGACGAAGGCUCCGACGCCUCCGAUGAACUUGAGGCCGAAGACGAGGCCGAAGAGGUAGACCCGAUCGCUGUGGAACGGAAGCGCCGCUCCCGGCAACAGGUUCAACUGCGCCGUACAGCCGGCGAGCCCAUCAAGCCCGAUAUUCAAGAGAUCCUCAAGUUGUCCGACUCGUUCAGCAUUCUGCUGCGCCAGGUACUUGCGGAUUAA